ACCCACGUCAUCAGGAUGACGUGGCACUUCAUCCCUGCCCCUAGUAACUGGACGAUCCUUGAAAUAGGUCUUGUCCAAGACUUUGCUAACCACCAGAUAACACAGCAAGACAAGACAAACCUCCUUGAACUUAGCUUCCGCAAUCACCACCAAAAGUCUAGCAAACCACCAUGGCCACCACCGCUACAACCACCACUCACAUACCCUUCUCUCUCCCACUCUCCAAGCUCUCUUCUCCACACAACCACUAUCACCACUUCAAAGUCUCCAUCUUCAAAGUCACCACUUCAAAUCCCCACCUUGAGAAUUCAAGCUAUGGGGGAUCAGUUAGGUGAAUUUGGUGCUAGAGACCCUUUUCCUGCUGAAAUAGAGAGUGCUUUUGCUGAGAAAGUGUUAGGCAAUGUUGAUACUGAACACAAGAUUCUCAUUCCUACUGUUUCUGCACUUUCUCUUUCCCAGCAAGAGUGUACUCCUAUAUCUCCUCUGCAAGACCCCAUGUCUAAGGAUGAUGCUCAAAAGCUCUUUAAGAAGGUUCUUGGCUGGAGACUCCUCGAUGAAGAAGUUGGACUUAAACUGCAAUGCUUGUGGAAGUUGAGAGAUUUUAAAUGUGGUGUUGAGCUUGUCAAUAGAAUUUACAAAGUUACAGAAUCAUGUGGCCAUUUUCCAGAUGUGCACUUGGAACAGAAUCAAGUUAGAGCCGAACUUUGGACUGAAUCCCUUGGAGGCUUGAGCAUGACCGAUUUCAUUGUCGCAGCCAAGAUUGAUGAGAUUAAGACAUCAGACCUUGUCCCUAGAAAAAGAGUAUGGGCAUAAUUGGAUAUUUCCUUGAUAGCUUUACUGAAGGAAUUUGAGAGACCAUGAAGUACAGUCUACAGAGAUCUCAUUUUAUCUCAAUUAAUAAGAGAACUCACAGUUUUUCCCUCAAUCCUUGUGUUUAUUAGCAUUGAUUCAUCUUCCUGCAAUUCAACAAGAAUAUAUGAUCUUUCUACAUUAA